AUGGCGGACGAGCCGCACGUUCACGCGAGAGGCGUUCUGGGCUUGCAUAAGCGCCUGCUGAGGCUGAGCCCAGCUGCCCUCAUCAUGAAUGCUCUCGUCCUGGUCGUGGUCCUGGUCCUGUGGUCACCCCUGGUGUGUGUAGAGACCGCCGAGCGUCUGAAAUGCUACCAGUGCCUCAAGGCCAGCAACAACACGGACUGCAAGCCGGCCACGUGCAGCGCUCGAGAGAUCAUGUGCCUUUCCUUCCAGGUCGACGUCAGAAUCGGCCCCACAGACACGACGGAGAUCACCAAGAAGUGCGUGUCCGCGUGUGACAUGGCGUCCCUGCCCGCCCUGAGCAGCCACCCCCUGGACUUGGUCGUCAGCAUCAAGGCCAAGUGCUGCAUCACCAGCCUGUGCAACAGGGCCGCCUCGGCCGGCGGCGGGGGGCUCCUGCUCGGCCUGGGGCUCCGCCUCCUCCAGGCCCUGCAGUGA